AGAACAAAACACGAAAUGAGAGGCCAGAGCCUGAAGUAUUCUCUUGUCUUGUGAUGGUCUUUUGUCUAUAAAUAAAUCCACUUUGAACCUGUUACUAUGUGCCUCCUCAAACAAAGCCUUGAACUUGAACUAUCGUGUCUUCUUGGCUUUCUCUGUUCAGGAUCAACAUGGAUAUUGUAUCACGAGCUUUGCUAUUUCCGUUGGCUAUACUUGUGCUCAUAUUAAGCACACCUUGCUCAGGUGCUUUUGGGAAGAGUGGAACUAAUGUGAAAACAGCUAUUUUUCUGUCCCCCAAGUUUGAACUUGGACCAGGAUCGGUAGCCAAUAAAUAUGAUUAUGACGCUGAUUUUCCAAGAGGUCAUAUAGCACUUAAGAGUUUCAAUGCUGAAGUAGUUGAUGAAGCAGGGAACCCUGUGCCUCUUCAUGAAACUUAUCUCCACCAUUGGGUUGUUGUAAGAUACUAUCAACCUAAAUAUGUGACGACACACACAAACUAUGAUGGACAUAGGAUACUUCACAACUCUGACCAUAUAUUUGUGAGGAACAGCGGCUUAUGCCAGAGAGAUACUCUAGGACAAUACUAUGGCCUUGGAUCUGAAACACGAGGAACAGCUACGGAUGUUCCUGAUCCUUUUGGGAUAGUUGUAGGUGAUCCUGCAGAAAUUCCAGAGGGAUAUGAGGAGAAGUGGAUGGUUAAUAUCCACGCCAUUGAUACACGCGGCGUGGUGGAUAGGAUGGGGUGCACUGAGUGUAGGUGUGACCUUUACAAUGUUACAAAGAAAGAACAUGGGGAGCCUCUAAGUUCAGACUAUAAAGGAGGUUAUUAUUGUUGUUAUGAUCAAACCCAGUGCAGGUUGAGGGAAGGCUUUGAGGGCCCAAAGAGGAGCCUCUACCUAAGAUACACAGUGAAGUGGGUUGAAUGGAACAAGUUCAUUGUGCCUGUAAAGAUUUAUAUACUUGAUGUCACUGAUACUUUAAAAAUAUCAGAUGAUUCUAGUGGAAUGAUCCCUGAGCAUGAUUGCAAGACCGAGUAUGAAGUUGAAUCUUGCAGCACUGGCCAAAAGAAUGGUAAUGGCUGUCUUGAUGUGAAGAGAACAAGCCUCCCAAUGCAAAAGGGUGGUUAUGUCAUAUAUGGUGUUGCUCAUCAGCAUUCAGGUGCCACUGGAUCAACUCUCUAUGCACAGGAUGGAAGGGUUAUAUGUUCUUCAAUACCAAGGUAUGGAAAGGGAAAGGAAGCAGGAAACGAAGUAGACUACAUUGUAGGAAUGAGCACAUGUUAUCCUCAACCAGGUUCUGUAAAGAUAAUUGAUGGUGAAACUAUAACUCUAGAGUCUAACUACAGCAGCAGCCGUGGCCACACUGGAGUAAUGGGGCUUUUCUACCUAUUGGUGGCAGAACAGCUUCCACACCAACACUUCAGAUAUUCUUCUCGUUCUUCAUUUUUUAUGAAUAUAAAUAGUAUAAUUCAUUGAUAGAUAAGUUGUGAGAUGCAAAUAUAAGUUGAGUGUCAUAUCGAUGGUAUCACAGUAUGUAUCACGGUUAAAAGAAAUACAGAAAUACAUAUCGAUGGAACAUAUACUUCUCAUAUUCGGCAGCAAUAGGACAACACACGCAAGAACCGGCAAAGAGCAUAUUUUCAAGUUUAAGGAUUGUAGUAAUGUGAUUAUCAAUUAUUUGUAUUGGUGAGGGUUUGUAAUGUUUGUCUUAAACCAGUCUUGCUUAUUAUGGUUGUGUGAUAUGUAAUACUAUAUAUAUCAUGUUUGUUGUAAAUAAAGUGGUCUUAUAUAACUAGAAGAGAGAAUAAAUCAAGCUGUUCGACAGGGACAUAUGUUCUAUCCUA